AUGACGAAAGCCUCCUUUCUGAUACCGAUGGCGGUGCUCGCGUGCAUCUGCCAGCUCUGCGAAGUCAAAUCGAGUCGCCGAGUUGCGAGCUUCCUGCGGCAACGACGUCACCUUCUGUUCCCCGACCCGAGAGGAAGCGAAACGAAGCUGCAGGUGCUCUUCGGGCUCGGACUGCCCAUGGAGGGCGAGGUGUCCAUGACCCUCGGUUACGUGCUGAAAUGCAAUUACGAUCUUCCCUACAAUGCGUCAGAGCUCAUGCGGCAGCGGCGACGAUCAAAAAGACACGAGGGCGACUUCGCAUUACCGCGGACGACGACGGCGAGCCGGCCGGAAGGUAAAGUGCGGCCGCGGCUUAACCGCGCGUGCAUAAAUGAGCCUCUGUCCGCUCCAGCCACGAUACUUUGCUCGUGGGAGAGCUUCGCGUGCGGAGACCCUUACUGCCGCAUUCCUUCCGCAACGUUUACACGCGAGCAUAAAUGGCUCCAUUUGGCUCAGGUGUUCCUCGCGCAUCCUUACGUUUCUCUAUCUCUGCGCACAGGGUGGAUGACACGAUGGACCCUGUACGGGAUGCUGGAGUCUGCGAUGAACGCUCUCGGCUCCGGCAAGGCUUGCCUGCUGCGCGCCGUCUGCGAAACCGCGGCGAAUCCGUUCGACACAGAACGCGGUCUCCUGGGAGAGCUGGUGCACGUCUUCCUCACGCCAUCGACAACCCAGGAGGAAUACGAGGUCUACGCCGAUCGCGAGUACCACGCCGCCGAGGAGAUUGGCAGGAAUAUCGGCAGCCGCGGGAAAUGCGAGAGAUUUUAUCCGGAAUGCGAGUACAAUCCGCUCGACUACUUCACCAAGCUGGUUUGAGCGACCGUGUGAAUCGGUGUAAAUUCCGUGCAGAUGUCUUCUCCUGUUUUCUGCGGCAUUGUUUUCAUCAAUGGACCAUGAGCGCAACUUAUUUUUAGCUCGCAGAUGACG